AUGAAGUUCACCACUGCUCUUUCUAUGCUCGCCGCCUUUCCGGCUAUCCACGCCUUCAACGUCCACGUUAGGAGCAGCGAUGACCUGAUUGACGUCGGGGACCUCGAUCUUUUCUCUCAUACCUGGCAAGCCAUCUACUCAGCUGCCGGAAACAAGGAGGCUGUGACCAUUGGCCCUCCCGCCAUCGCAACCCAAAACAAGCCUUGCCACUUCAACGGCCAUACCGAUCACUCUGUUACCCUCACUAUCGAGGGACAUUGGGAUGAUGUCGGCGGUAGCAAGCAUGAAUACCGCGACGCCCUGGUUGAGGCAGCGUGGGAAUCACUUCGACGACUGGCUGAUCAGAACUCGUACAACAUCUGGAAGGACUGCUGCGCCGAGACCAUCUCCACCAACUGCCCAGCUGUUGGUCCCAAUGGAUGCGGUGCAACAAACUCUUGCCAUUGCCCUGACGGACCGAACUCCCGAUGCCGUACCCUCACCAAGGGCCACAAGGUUCCAUCCCUCAUGAACGUCUCCAUCACCAAGAACGGCGCCAUCACGGCCAACUCUCUGAGGAUUGCUUUCCGAUCUGAUACCAAGGAGCAGCAGGGUGCCUGCGGUGCUGUUGAGAUCGUUGCCAAGGCUGUCUCCUCGUUCAUUUUCCCCCCUGCCGUUGCGACCCUCGUUGGAACCGGUAUCGAUCUUCAGUGCGCCUAG